UCUGCGUUAACCCUGCGUUUAUCCACAACUCCGAGCUACAGCAAGUCCAGUCGACCAGAGAGCCUGCAAUAGACGCGAGGUCGUGUGGAUGUGGUCUCUAGCCGCUCCGGGUUUUAUUAUAGCGUUUGAAUUCAUUUAUAUUUUUUUCUGUGAUAACCCGAGGGUGUUUUUAUCCAAGCAAAGCGGCGCUAAGUAAUUCGGACUCUCUGGUAGGUGUGUUAGAAAUGCUCCUCAGGUAGUGUGUAGGUGGAAAGAUCACACAGCGACUAGAGAGUUGCUGUAAACGGAGUAAAAACGGCACAAACACACAGCUGACUGCGGCUCUAAGCUGUCGGAGGACAUGGAUUUCACAAAGGCUGCAGGUGGAGUGAUAGCUUACAUUAGCUCCGCGAGCUCGGCCUCCAGUCCCGAGUCGUGCCACAGCGACUCCUCCAACAGCAGCUAUCAGUCCUGCUCUCCGCCCCACGCGGGCCAGGGCCAACAGGGCGAGCCCCUCGCUGUGGCCCCUCAGUUCCUCCCAUGGAAGACACGAUCGCCCUCCACCGCCAAAAGCGGCAUUACAAAGAUUAAUGGGCUGGUGCUGCUAUGUAAAGUGUGUGGAGAUGUGGCGUCAGGAUUUCACUACGGCGUUCACGCCUGUGAGGGAUGUAAGGGUUUCUUCAGGAGGAGCAUUCAGCAGAACAUCCAGUAUAAGAAGUGCCUUAAGAACGAAAGCUGUCCCAUCACGCGCAUCAACAGGAACCGAUGCCAGCAGUGCCGCUUUAAGAAGUGUCUGCUCGUGGGCAUGUCCAGAGACGCUGUGCGUUUCGGCCGGAUUCCCAAACGAGAGAAGCAGCGCAUGCUGCUCGAGAUGCAGAACGCCAUGAACAACAUGAUGAACAACAGCCACGGCAGCCAGCCUCUGAGCAACCAGACGUCAGCCAGCGAUGCAGCUUCAGAGCCUUCCUCCCGCUCCCCCUCCACCUCCCCCAGGAGCCACCGAUCCGAAUCCAGCCCUGACCCCGAGCUGCUGAGCGCCAUGGAUAAAAGCACCAGCUCAGACUCCUCCAGCGCCACUGACAGCGGGGAGGAGGAGGUCAUCGGCACAGUGACUAGAGCGCACCAGGAGACCUUCAUAUACAAUCAGGAGCAGGCCAGCGUGCCUUCAGAGGCCCCUAAAAACUACAGCCAUUGCACAGAGAAGACUCAGGAGGUCUGGAACCAGCAGAACAAUGCAUCCUCAGAGAGCGAACAGAAGCCUCCAUCAGAUGGUGCUCCACAGGGGCCUGAAGACUCGGGCUGUCCUGUCAGACUGCCCAACAGUAGCCCCGCUGGACCGUCUCUGAGAAGUCACAACGACAGUGAGACCCAAGUCAACGGCAGCUGUAGUGUCCCAACAUUUGCAAGGGUUAACGGGAUGCACCUGGUUUGCCCCAUGAACACAUCGCCCUAUGUGGAUCCUCAGAAGUCGGGUCACAGUAUUUGGGAGGAGUUCUCCAUGAGCUUCACCCCAGCCGUCAGAGAGGUGGUGGAAUUUGCAAAGCGCAUCCCAGGAUUCAAAGACCUGUCCCAGCAUGACCAGGUCAGCCUGCUGAAGGCCGGCACCUUUGAGGUGCUGGUGGUGCGCUUUACAUCCCUGUUCAAUGUGAAGGAGCGCACGGUCACAUUUCUGAGCGGCCGGAAGUACAGUGUAGAGGCGCUGCGCUCGAUGGGUGCUGGAGAUCUCCUCAACUCAAUGUUUGACUUCACCGAGAAGCUGCAAGCUCUGAACCUCAGUGAGGAGGAGAUGAGCCUCUUCACAGCUGUAGUGCUGGUGUCUGCAGAUCGCUCUGGUCUCGAGAACGUCAACUCGGUUGAGGCCCUUCAGGAAACUCUGAUUCGAGCACUGCGCAGCUUGAUCACCAAGAACCACCCCAACGAGAUUGCCAUCUUCACUAAACUGCUCCUCAAGCUGCCGGACCUGCGCUCGCUCAACAACAUGCACUCUGAGCAGCUCUUGGCCUUCAAGGUCCACCCCUGAGCACCCAUCUACCCUCAUAACUGUGGACCACACCACCCCUCCCAUCCAUCUCCAGAGCCUCCAGGCCUGUUCCUGCGGCCCACUUAUCCAAUGGGGAGCUUGCUCUUACUCAAUGCCCCUUCCCUGACACUUCUCCCCAUGACAUUCAAAGGACUGCUGGUUAAACAUGGGAUGGGAUGGGAUGGGGAUGGGGGGGUUUCGUCGUACUGUAAAACGCCUCUGCUCGUGCUAACGCACACGACUCGCAGACACAAACUGGAGGGGUUUCGUUGUAGAUGCUUACGAGAGUUUGUACGAUUACGCGGUUUGUGUGCGUGCAGAGGCACCUUGAAUUGGUUUCUAGAUUAAUACUGCCUGUGCAAUAAGUGACACGUUCACUGUUUUUGGAUUGUUCCUUGUUGGUCUUGAAUGCCGUGUGUUGUUUAGGGGAGAUUAUGAAGGGAUAUUCCCACAAGCAAACGAGAAACGAAGUACACAGAGCACCGUUUGGAAGCAAAAACGAGAAGCGAAAAACAAAAAGCACCAACUAAGAAAUGGAAGAAUGUGGAACAAGCUGCUAAUCGGAGCUUUCUGGCAGGAAGACACAGGAUUGUUUAAUGACUAGAUCUAUUUUUGUAGUUCGUUUUCUGUCUUCAAAUCUGUAGUUAAGUGCAGAGGAAGCCGCUUUUAAGGCCUCAAACGUUAUGUAAGCAAAAGCCUCUUGCUACACAAGCUCAGUUUUGUGGAUGGUUGCGUUCCAAAUACAAGUGGCAUGCAGACAAACUGUCCUUUACAGUCAGUUUUCUCUUCCAGGUUAGCUACUGCCGUGAUGGAGCAAGAGUUUGAAGAGAAUCUUGCUGAGCAAGUCGAAGUUAGUCCAGCUGCCCACACAUUUAUAUCUAGCUACCUGACUAAUGACGCAUUUGGCUUAUUGGCACAGACAUUUAAAGUUGACUGUUGCCCGCUUGAGUGUUUGUUUCCACCAAUACUCAGUCAGACCGCAGGCUUGGCCAAGCAUUUGUGUUCUUGCAUAGAGUAUGUUUCUGGUUUUAGAUCUGCGUAAUGGUGCAUCUGUGUAUAUGUCCUGAUUCGUAGGGCUUUCAGUGAUGUGUGAUGAUGAUGCUAAAUGACUAAAGGAGAAGUAGAUCAUGCGUGUUUUAUCACUGUAAGCAUUGUGCAUGCUAACCUAACCCUAACUGAUGGGACACAAAGCCAUCCACAGUGACGUCAUAAUGUCUGUAUAGCUGACACCUGGCUGGUUUGAUGCAUCUGUAUGGGUGAUCAUUUCAGACUGAAUAUUUAUGAUUUUUCGACUAAUGGUUUGGGAGGAAACACUCCCCAUCAAAUAAUUGUAAUUCUGUUCAUUUCUCUUUUUUAAAUAUUUUAUUGUUCUUUCUGGGCAAGUCUGUUCAGUGGAAGUUCUUGUAGAAUUAUUGUGUCUGUGCUGCAGUAAACAAAUAGUGCGCAUACUCGAGCACCGUUGGACCAGACAGGAAGAGGAAACAGGAAACAGGAAAUGGCCCAAAACGUACCACUGGCAAUGCCUCUCAUCAUCACCCUGCCAGCUCUGGGCAUCUGAACUCUUCUGGGGUCGGUUUUGAUCUCAAAGCUGCUGUAGAUGGAUAGUCAAGCAAAGAAGUAUCUUGAGUUCUGUUUGGUGUUUGGUGUUCCUGUCUAAUUGUUCAGCCUGUGGCUCACUCAGCGUCAUUGUUGUGUUGCCAUGAUCCAGUCUGUCACUUUUCCUCUGUGAAAGCAUUGUAAGAUAGCUAGAUUUCUAUAUUAUAUGUAUGUAUAUAAAUAUAAUUCAAUACAUAUGAAAUAAGAAAAUAAACAGAUAAAUG